AAGAAAGUCCAAACCACCAAAGCAAUAAAUUUCAAAAGCCAUAAGAAAAAGGCACUUUCCUUGUUCACCCCUUCAUUCCACCUCCACCACCACAAGGGCCACUCUCCUAUAUAAAGAUGAACACCAAUCCCAAACCAAACCCCAACCAACCCAAAAAAACAACAUUAAAACCCUCUCUUCAUCCUCUCUCUCUCUCUCUAUCUCUACAAAUUUCUUUCCAACAUUCUCCAAAUCUCCCACUUCCCUCCCAACUAUGGUGAUGCAAACCAGCCUGAGGGAAGCCAUGAACGCCCGAACCAUCACCGGCUCGCCCACCGCCACCCACGCCGGGCAGACCAUGGUUCUGGCCCACGGGUACGGGGCGGACCAGUCGGCCUGGGACCAAAUCCUCCCGGCGCUCUCCCAACACUACCGGGUCGUGGUCUUCGACUGGAGCUUCUCGGGCGCAGUGAAGGACCCGGACUUCUUCGACCCGGCCCAUCACGCCACGUACGAGGGCUACGCCGACGACCUCGUUGGGCUCAUCGACGAGAUGGGCCUGGAGUCCGUCGUCUUCGUGGGCCACUCCAUGGCCGGGAUGAUCGGAUGCAUUGCCUCCGUCAAAAGGCCGGAGCUCUUCACCCGCCUCGUCCUCGUCGGCGCGUCUCCUAGAUACAUGAACGACGAAGACUACCAAGGCGGAUUCGACCGAUCGGACAUCGAGGGCCUCAUGAGCAACAUCGAGACCAACUUCACCAGCUGGACCCAGGCCUUCGCCGCCAUGGUCGUCGGCGGGCACGCCCCCGCCGCCGUCGAGAAGUUCGCCGCGUCCCUGCGGCGGAUGAGGCCGGAGGUGGCACUCGCCGCCGCGAAAACCGUGUUCUACUGCGACCACAGGGACGUGCUGGAGAAAAUCACCACUCCGACCACCAUCGUCCAGACGACGCGCGACGUCGCCGUGCCGACGUCGGUGGCUUACUUCAUGCAGGAGAGGAUCAGGGGGAAGUCGACGGUGGAGAUCAUGGACACCGACGGCCAUUUUCCUCAUCUCACGGUGCCGAAGGAGCUGCUUGGUUUGCUUGGCGGAGUUCUUGGGUUUGAAAGCUAAUUGAUCACAAGUUGUUGUGAUCAGAAUGUUGAUUAUUAUACGACUAAACGUUUAUAUAUUAAUUAAUUAAUGUUAGGGUGUGUUUGGUUGGCUGUGUUUUGUUUUAGGGUUUUCUUUGUGUGUGUAUGGAUGUAGAGAGCAAUUGGUAUGGGUGAUAUAUGAGAUAAAUAAUGACAUUGUUUUGUUUGUGGGUUCUCCAUAUCAUUAAUUACCUUUAUCUCAACAUUUCGAGUUAUUUUGAUAAGAUUGGGUGUGAUAUAAUAUGGCAUGGUAAG